UUUCACAUGACGUCAUCAUUUUAUGCGAACAUUGGGUGUCCGCCAUUUUCCUACACCAGGCGGGAGAUACUAUCGUGCUGAGUUUUUUCACUUUUUAUCACGUACACACAGCACAGUCAUGCCGAUAUGUGGAGUGGUUGGAUGUUCAAAUAAACCGUCCUCACAGAAAGGUAUCAGUUUUCAUAAAGUACCAACAAUCAUUAGAGGUCAAGGCGAGGAGACGCAAAAGUUAUCUGAAGAAAGACGGCGGUUAUGGAAAGCAGCAAUAAACAGGAAAGAUAUUACCUCGGAGGAAAAGUGGGAUCGAACCCUUGUUUGUUCGAAACACUUUGUAGGCGGUAUCAAGGCCUACCUACAUGACAGGACCAGUCCGUCCUGGCUUCCAACAUUAUGCCUAGGGCAUUCAGCCUGCAUUCCAGAAUCAGCAGCCACCAGUAGAUACAGGCGUGCCAGUCAGCGUGGGGAAAAGAGGAAACGUGCAGAUGCAAUAACUUCACUUUUGAACCUCAAAACGCCAAGGCUUGAAUCAGACCUUCAAGUGAAUGAACAAACUCAACUUCAAGACAGGAGUACAAGUGAUGGCAAUAGUUGUGAACAAUCAUCUCUUGACAGUGAUUUAGACAUAGAGCUAGAGAUUCAAGACACAAACUAUGAAGUACAGGAAUCCAAAGAUAGUACUACUGGUACAAGUAAAGAGGUACAAACUGAAUUAACAGUUAAUGAUAUUGAAAAUAUUGAAAAUGACAAUAAAGCUAGACUUGCAGAUUCCAACUGCAAAGUGCCAUUCACACGGCAAGAUCUCUACAGUUUUGAAGGGUAUGAAAAAGAUCCAGACAAAGUUUCUUUUUAUACUGGAUUGCCUAAUUUAGGGGGUUUGAAACGAGUGUUUAAUUUCAUAGAAGCACAAAUGAGCAAUGGCUCAAAAAACCUGACCAAAGAAAACCAAUUCAUGUUAUGUCUUAUAAAAUUAAGAAUGGAUUAUGCUUUUCAAGACAUGUCAGUUCAGUUAAAUGUGUCAGUUGCCACUAUUCAUAGAAUAUUUCAUGCCACACUGAACAUUCUUUACAAAAGACUGAGUUUCUUGGUCCACUGGCCAGAAAGGGAGCAUGUCAGAGUAUCAAUGCCGAUGACAUUCAGAAAAGAAUUUGGUGAUAAGGUUGUUGUUAUUCUUGAUUGUUUCGAACUCAACAUAGAAAAACCAAGUGGUUCUCUUAACAAGGUGUAUACAUACUCUAAUUACAAGCAUCGUCAUACAGUUAAAUAUCUGAUAGGGAUAGCCCCACAAGGUACAAUAACUUUUAUUUCUGAAGGUUGGGGCGGUAGGACCUCAGAUAAACACAUCACAGAAGAGUCUGGACUUCUAGACAAUCUGUUACCUGGUGAUAUUGUCAUGGUAGAUCGUGGUUUUUCCAUUGAAGAAUCUGUCAAUUUUUACCAAGCGAAAUUGGCAAUACCUAGUUUUACACGAGGGAAGUCUCAAUUACAUCCAAUGGAAGUAGAACAGACGAGAAAAAUUGCAAAUGUACGUAUUCAUGUAGAGCGGGUUAUUGGACUACUUUGUAGGAAAUUUAGGAUUUUUGACAGUGUUGUACCCUUGGAGUUUCUGAAGUUGAAAAGUGGAGAAGAGGUACCUACAAUUGACAAAAUUGUUAAAGUAUGUUGUUGUCUCACAAAUUUAUGUCCCUCUGUUGUUCCAUUUGAUUGAAGUGAAGGAAUGUCUAAGUGUUUGGAAACAAUUGAAGCAUGUAUGCAUCUAUAACAACAAUUUUAGUGAAAUAAAAAUAUGUAUUGA